GAUUAAUCAUUGGUGAGGUAGGGGAGGGGAAUCGUAUUCAUUUAUGGGCUGAAGAGAGGUGGUAGAUUAAUGGACUUUUCCAUGUUUGUUUUUUUCAAAAUUUUAUGACGAUAUUUAUUUCACAUUAGCCUGCAAGUUGUUUCGUGACAUUGAUUGCUCCUGAUUAACUUUUGAGCAUCCCGUGUCGUUACAGUCCGUCGUGUUUUGCUCCCGCUGACUGGCAAUGUAUGGUAGUAGGCUAUGGCUUUCUGAUGUAACUGCAGCUAUUGGAGUUGGUGGAUCAGAAAAUUAAGUUCGAGAGUGCGUUUUGACAUUUUACCGACAAUUCCGAGGAGUAGGCUACCCGCUAUGGAGAGUGAAACGAACGGUAACAUCUCGAUCACUUCCCAACUUCACCUGAACAGCACCAAUGCGAAUGACAGGUAGGGUCCUAACGGUUGUGACGUUUUCUUGUAUGAAUUAUGUUGUUGCAUUGACGAGUAUCAUACAUUUAUUUGUCGCCGACUUAUCUGUGAUGAAAGCUUGUAAUGAUCAAACAAUUUUUGGCAAUGAAAAGUUAUACAGCAUCUGUCAUGAUGUUGUGCAUCAGGUGACAACGUCAUGGCAUGACAAUAAUUAACCAGGUGGGCUUUUAGUGUAGGCCAAUCAGCUGGCUUUAACUUUACACUGUCUAUGUCACUAAGUUUACAUUUACCAGCUGAAUUGCCAUUAAGUACACAAUUGUGAAACAUCUACCUUUUGUUUUAUUGCAUGGUAUGUAUUUUUGGGGUGUUUGAACUUCUCUCUCAAGAUCUUCCUUCUUUUGGCUUGGUUUUUGAUAUGCAGUUUCAUUCUCUAGGGUUGUAAUUUAACACGGGUUGAUUGAACAUCAUGUCAUCUAGUCCAGGUUAUUGUAGCUAAGGCUUGGCCAAUGUCAAGUCAUCUGACUAUCACUAUGCUAUAAGUUCCAAGCUUUUAACCCACACUGGCAUCCCUCUGUGAUCAAUGCAGUCUACUGGGUCUAGAAUGUGGGUCAUAUACAGUGAGGGGGAAAAAGUAUUUGAUCCCCUGCUGAUUUUGUAAGUUUGCCCACUGACAAAGAAAUGAUCAGUCUAUAAUUUUAAUGGUAGGUUUAUUUGAACAGUGAGAGACAGAAUAACAACAAAAAAAUCCAGAAAAACCCAUAUCAAAAAUGUUAUAAAUUGAUUUGCAUUUUAAUGAGGGAAAUAAGUAUUUGACCCCCUCUCAAUCAGAAAGAUUUCUGGCUCGCAGGUGUCUUUUAUACAGGUAACGAGCUGAGAUUAGGAGCACACUCUUAAAGGAAGUGCUCCUAAUCUCAGUUUGUUACCUGUAUAAAAGACACCUGUCCACACAAGCAAUCAGUCAAUCAGAUUCCAAACUCUCCACCAUGGCCAAGACCAAAGAGCUCUCCAAGGAUGUCAGGGACAAGAUUGUAGACCUACACAAGGCUGGAAUGGGCUAUAAGACCAUCGCCAAGCAGCUUGGUGAGAAGGUGACAACAGUUGGUGCGAUUAUUCGCAAAUGGAAGAAACACAAAAUAACUGUCAAUCUCCCUCGGCCUGGGGCUCCAUGGAGUUGCAAUGAUCAUGAGAACAGUGAGGAAUCAGCCCAGAACUACACGGGAUGAUCUUGUCAAUGAUCUCGAGGCAGCUGGGACCAUAGUCACCAAGAAAACAAUUGGUAACACACUACGCCGUGAAGGACUGAAAUCCUGCAGCGCCCGCAAGGUCCCCCUGCUCAAGAAAGUACAUAUACAGUGCCGUCUGAAGUUUGCCAAUGAACAUCUGAAUGAUUUAGAGGAGAACUGGGUGAAAGUGUUGUGGUCAGAUGAGACCAAAAUCGAGCUAUUUGGCAUCAACUCAACUCGCCGUGUUUGGAGGAGGAGGAAUGCUGCCUAUGACCCCAAGAACACCAUCCCCACCGUCAAACAUGGAGGUGGAAACAUUAUGCUUUGGGGGUGUUUUUCUGCUAAGGGGACAGGACAACUUCACCGCAUCAAAGGGACGAUGGACGGGGCCAUGUACCGUCUAAUCUUGGGUGAGAACCUCCUUCCCUCAGCCAGGGCAUUGAAAAUGGGACGUGGAUGGGUAUUCCAGCAUGACAAUGACCCAAAACACACGGCCAAGGCAACAAAGGAGUGGCUCAAGAAAAGCACAUUAAGGUCCUGGAGUGGCCUAGCUAGUCUCCAGACCUUAAUCCCAUAGAACGUCUGUGGAGGGAGCUGAAGGUUCGAGUUGCCAAACGUCAGGCUCGAAACUUUAAUGACUUGGAGAAGAUCUGCAAAGAGGAGUGGGACAAAAUCCCUCCUGAGAUGUGUGCAAACCUGGUGGCCAACUACAAGAAACGUCUGACCUCUGUGAUUGCCAACAAGGGUUUUGCCACCAAGUACUAAGUCAUGUUUUGCAGAGGGGUCAAAUACUUAUUUCCCUCAUUAAAAUGCUAAUCAAUUUAUAACAUUUUUGACAUGCGUUUUUCUGGAAUUUUGUUGUUGUUAUUCUGUGUCUCACUGUUCAAAUAAACCUACCAUUAAAAUUAUAGACUGAUCAUGUCUUUGUCAGUAGGCAAACGUACAAAAUCAGCAGGGGAUCAAAUAUUUUUUUCCCUCACUGUAGAUCCAUCGUUUUUUUCUGUGUGUGUGUGUGUUCUCAGACUGACCCUGCAUUAUCUCUCUAGGGUGGACUCAUAUGGGUUUGAGAUGCCUGAGGGUUAUGAGUCCUAUGAGGAGAUGAUGGCUGAGUAUGUAGCCGUGCUCACCAGAAGGUCCACCAAGUGGUCCAAACUCCUACAGGGGAAAGUCCACAUGGAGAAGAACCUGAAGGGUGUGAUGCAUGCACACAUACACAGAGAGAGGGAAAAACACACAACACAUACACAUAUUGAAUAAUGAUUUGCAUUCUAUAUUUGCAUUAUGAGUUUUGACUGUAGUCAUGGUUUCGGUGCUCUUAGUGAAGCGGUACGUGCGUAAGGGUGUGCCCAACGAGCACCGAGCCCAGAUCUGGAUGGCAGCCAGCGGUGCCCAGGAGCAGCUGGAAAAGAACCCAGGGUACUACCACUCUCUGCUUGGCACCGAGCAGCAGCACGAUGCCAAGCUGGAGGAGACCGUCAGGAUAGGUACUGUAAGCCCAUUGUAUUCACCUCUACUAAACUCCCCCCACCUGCCGUGGAUGCACCUGGGUUGCAAUAUAAAAUGUUUUAUGGGCGAAUCCACGCCAGCGCAGGCGGAAAAUAUUGCAGCUAUCUCUGAUUGUUCUGACAAUUGUUAAACAGGAAUUUCAUUGGUAGUAAGGAUGUUUAACAUGCAUUUUACAUUUGUAUCACAAAUGUAAUGAUGAAAUUGGGCCAUUUUAGGCCCUUUUUAGACCUAUACAUGCCUCCUCUAAGACCCUAUGUUCAGUGAACCAUAAAUUAUACAGGAAACAUCUUGUUAUUAUACUCCUUAUAGUGUGCUCUCAAAUAUGGAGUAUGUCUUGAUGAUGAAAUACACAUUUUCACAUUAAUUUAUUCAACAUGGUACAUUUAAUGAUAUGACCUAUUUUAUACAUUGCAAUUUACAUUAUAGGUCAUUAACCAAUCACAGCCCUCCUUUAAGAUUGCAAUUUCAGCAAGUCACCAGCAGAUGGAGUUCCCUUUGAAUCCAUUUUCCCAUUCACUGUGUUGGUGGUGCUCAUAAAAUGUAUCAUACCUUCAGAAUUAGCAGAGAGCCCACUCUGGAAAUGUGAUGUACUUGUAGAGUAUAUUGUUCCAAACAAUCUGUCUUAAAAUGAACAAAAAGGGUAGUUUUUAGAUAUUAUUAUUAUUAUUAUUAUUAUUAUUAUUAUUAUUCAUAUUUUUAAUAUUUAAUAAAUGAAUGUGAAAUUUUUUAUUUCAUAAUCAAGACAUACUCCAUAUUUUAGAGCACUCUAUAAGGAGUAUAAUGACACCAAGAUGUCUAUAUCAAGUACGGGUCACAGAUCAUAGGAUCUAACAGGAGACAUGUAUAGGUUAAAAAGGGUCUGAAAUUGCCACUUUCAUCAUGAUCUAAAAAAAAUUGUUUGUGAUAAAUGUAAAAAUAAUUUCAAACAUCCUUCCUUCCAAUGGAGUUUCUAUGUGAGAAUUUUCAGAACAAUCUGAGAUACCAAAAAUAUUUUCUGCUCCUGCUGGCGUGGAAUCGCUCUAUAGCGUUUUGCAACAGAAAUUAGCGCUUAAAGGACAUGUCCAGGUUGUCCCUCCCUAUUAUGGUCCAUUUUCUUCCAUUUGGUGUCUAAUGAACGAGACCCUGAUGCUUCCUUUACGAUGAUUGGCUGAUGGUUGAGUGCCCUGUCUCGGCAGACAUGCACAGGACGUUCCCUGACAACGUGCAGUUCCGGAACAGCUCAGAGCCCUGUCUGCAGAAGGCCCUGUACAACGUGCUGCUGGCGUAUGGACACCACAACCAGGCUGUGGGAUACUGCCAGGUACUGGGCCUUAUAGAUACUAUAAAUCAUCUGUUGGAUGGAUUUCACCAGUCUCCUGUGUCUGUCUUGCUUACCUUUGUUUACCUAACAUGUGUACAGUACGUCUACUGUCGCCUCUUCUGUGUGUACCUGUUCUGUCUGCCUGUGGCUGUAAUAACUGCCUAUACCUCACCUGUCCUCUAAAGUGUGUGCAUUGUGGGUACAUACCAUGUGUGCACAGGUUUCUGUGUGUGUGAAGGGAGUUAUUGUUUCUUUCUCUAUUCUAGGGUAUGAACUUCAUUGCAGGCUACCUCAUCAUCAUCACUAAGGAUGAAGAGAAGUCCUUCUGGCUCAUGGACUCUUUGUUAGGAAGAAUACUCUCCGGUUAGUCCCACACACUCCUGUUGUGUCUGUCUGUCUGGUUGUGUGAGAGGAUAUGUGUGGUGAAGUUUGCAUAGUCAUAGUAGUAGACCAAUUUGUUUGUUGAGGAUUCUCCCUUCUGUGUAUUUUGGGAGCUGCUUCUGGAAUAGCACCAUGGUCACGUGGCUUGUGGUAAGACUGUGUUUGUUGUUGGUAUGUCAAGCUCACAUUACGAGAUGAGCAAACGCAGGAUGUAUCUUAGGUUCCAGGAUAUAUACCAUCUAUGUACACACACACACAACCUCUUGUCGCACACUGAACUGAAUUAACCUGAGCUGUCCUUGUUGUGUUGUAGACUACUACAGCCCGGCCAUGCUGGGGUUGAAGACAGACCAGGAGGUGUUGGGCGAGCUGGUGAGGGUCAAAGCCCCGGCUGUGUGCCAGGCCAUGGCCCAACACAAUGUCAUGUGGACCCUGGUGGUCUCCCGAUGGUUCAUCUGCCUCUACAUCGAUGUCCUGCCUGUAGAGGUGAAGCGGAUUGGGGUAGUGUGUGAUGUGUUGGUAAAGUCUGGGUCUAAUUAUUAUAUUUUGUCUUUUUCUUUCGCUCAGACGGUUCUGCGGAUCUGGGACUGCCUGUUCUACGAGGGUUCUAAGAUCCUGUUCCGCGUGGCCCUGACUCUGAUCCGCCACCACCAGGCUGAGAUCGUGCAGGCCCGCUCCAUGGUCGAGCUGUGUGAGCGCUUCAAACUGAUCACCCAGGGAGCCUUCACAAACGACUGCCACACCUUCAUGCAGGUAAGCUACUCCAGAAGAGAAGUAACCAUAGGCAAAGAUCUAGGAUCUGUUCACCAUAUAAAAAUACUAACCUUAAAGGUCCAAUGCAGCCAUUUCUAUCUCAAUAUCAAAUCAUUUCUUACUGUGAUUGUUUUAAAUUAAAAUUGUCAAAAAGAAACAAAUAGCUUCUCAAACAAUAAUUUUGCUCGGACUGUCUGGGAGUGGUCUGAGUGGGGAGGGGAAAACUGAAAACCAGCUGUUAUUGGCAGAGAGGUUUGGAACUCUCUUUCUUAUUGGUCUGUUAACUAAUUUACCACCUGGUGAUGUCACCAGGCAUGCCAAAACGCCAUCCCACCAAAACAGGCUGAAAUUUCAGGUGGUCUGUUCAAACAGCUCUUACACGAAAAGGGCAUUAUCAUAAUUUUCACAGUUUUAUUCCAACCUCAUAGUGUGGAAAUAUAUUUUAAAAAACACAUGUUCGACUGCACUGGGCAUUUAACAAAAAGCACAUCUCAAUAGGUGGUCUAGGUAUGACAUGGCACAAGUGGGUGGGAGGGCCCUGACCUCUAUUGCUCCUCUAUUGUUCCCACUAGCAAGGGGGAGGCAGAUGAGAGUUAACGCAUCAGACCAACUCCUUGAAUAGCCAACUCUUGAAGUUUGUCUAAAACAGGGGUUCCCAAACGUUUUCACUCAGGCCCCCUUCCAGCAUUGGGGAACAUCUUGCGCCCGCCACAUCUAUUUCUAUGGGCACAAGCACUGUUCAUGACGCAAACUGUUCACAACCCUCUUGUUGUUGGAGAGAAUAUUUUCAGUUUUAAAGCUCAUUUUCUUGCGACUCUAUAGAUUUUGCCAUGUCUAAUGUGUUUUCAUGUGAUAUUUGAGUGACUGAAACGUUACAACAAUCUAUGGGCUAAAAAAACUAGCUCAAAUGUUAGCUGACAUGGGCUUGUUGAUCUGGACAUUUCUGAUGAGUUAUAAAUAGCUCUCUAAGGUAUGCAAUGACUGACAUGACAAGAGGGAAACUGAUGAUGCACUAUCCAAUUUCAAAAUUGCACCUUGUGCAUUCCCCACAGUUUGGGAACCACUGAUCUAAAAAACCAUUUUUACCCUUAAGUGUGUGUACAUUACGAUUUAUAUUUGGGAUAUUGUUUUUCAACAGGAAAAGGUCAAAAAUAGCUGAAGUGCGUCUUUAACCAUGAGUAAGGAAAUGCAAAAGAGACUUUAGAUCAGCAUCUAUGGACAACUUCACCAGUGAACUCUGGUCCACAAACAGUUUACAAAUGCCUUUCUCCUUUUCCUGAUAUUGACAGGAAAUCUUCAGGGAACCAGGAAGUCUCUCCAUGGCAACCAUCACUAAACUAAGGGAGACAUGCCGAGAACGCAUAGUGGCUGAGAUGUCCAGACUCCGCCCUUGACCACUCCUCCACCACUAAUAACCUCUCUAAGGCAAUCACCCUGUAGUUAUCCUGGGCUUGUUCCAGGUCAUCUUCAUUGCGCUACACAGAUUAUCAGAUCUAACAACAUCUGGAGAAAUGUUUAAUAUCUCAGGAACCAUUAUAAAUAUGAUGACAUGGCAAUCACUCUUCUGAGAUUGUAGUACCCCCAUCUAGCCAAAGAUUAUUCUUUGUGUUGUAAAAAGCAUUAAACAGUAAUUCUGUACUUUUUGCACUUUUCCUGUGGUCCUAUGUAGUCCAAUUCUCCCCAAAGUGUACCAUCUUCAACUCCGGAAUUACCUGGGGAGAAAGAUGUGGUGAAAACUCUCAAGCCCAUACUUACACCAUCCCAAUGCUUUAAAAUCCAUGAUGGAGAGUGAGCAAGUGCACACUUAUGCCCGAAUCCUAACUUGAAGUGUGCAUGUAAGUUUGUGCAAUCAUUUUGCAUUGACAUCAAUGAAUGAUUUACGCAAUAUGUGUGUGCGAUCAUACCUCAAGUUCGAAUUUGACUGGCUUAAAGGGUAGGGAAUUGGACCGAAGUCUUUCUCGGCUCUAUUUGCAACAAAUGGCUGCUCUCUCACUGUUACCUUUAAUUGCAAGUUAAUUACUGUCGAUUAAAAGUGAG